AUGAUCCUUUUUAAACGUCUUCCUCCGCUCUCUCGUCUAUCCUCUCCGUCGCGUUCACCUCGGCUUCACUCUUUGUCGUCACGUCUACUAUGUGCACCAGCCACCUUUUCACGAUCCUUCUUCACAUCGACUCCGUCCUCCCUGCGAUACCACCCAUUACCUCGUUCCCACUCUAGCCGCCACAACUUCUUUGGAUUUUUGGACCAGAUUCCACAAAACACCAUCUUCUAUGGAAUCAUUGGCCUCAACGCCACGGUCUUUGCCAUGUGGUUCAUGUCGACACAAAAAUACAAACAAGAACAUGAUCCCUCGGCGCUCGUCUGGAUGCACCAGAACUUUACCAACUCUUGGCAGAAUAUUUCAUCUGGUCGAAUAUGGACUCCCGUCACAUCUUGUUUCUCCCAUAAAGAUUUCGGCCAUAUUUUUUUCAAUGGUUUUACUUUUUACUUUAUGGCACAACCUGUGCUGCAGAUGCUUGGAGGUCGCUCGUUUCUGUUUCUCUACAUCGGAGGCGGACUUGUAUCUGCUCUUGUAGGCAUGGGAUACGCCAACCUUAUUGAUCGAAAAGAUCGCCCAGCUCACGGGGCAAGCGGUGCCAUCUAUUCUGUUGUCGCUCUUCUUGCUUGUGUCGCCCCUAGAAUGACUUUUCAGCUGUACGGCAUUAUACCCAUACCCGCUUGGCUAGCCGUCACAGGCCUUUUUGCAUACGACACGUAUUCUACCGUCGCUGACAAGCGAGGUAACACCGACACCGUUGGCCAUGUCGCAGGCAUGCUGGCAGGCGUUGGAUAUUUUUUGGCAAAGCGAUUCCGGCUCUUUUAG